AUGCCUAUUCGUAAGGAGACUACUCGUCACCAUCUCAGGGAAAUAACACAUAAGGAGAGAAUUCAAAAAGCUAAAGAACGUAGAAUCAAACGUAAACAAAGGAAGGAAAGUGGUACACCUGCGGGAAUUCCUCAAACUCUUGAAUCACUUCGGACGGUGGAUGAAACUAUUGUUCCAAAGAAUGAUGACGAAGUGAUAAUCGAACAUGAAACAGAUGAGCUUUCACCUAUUUUCAAUGGAGAAGUAACUCCGAAAAUUUUACUAACUUAUUCUGAUCGUGUUUGUCCUAGAACUAUUGGAUUUUGUAAAGAACUUAGCAAGGUUAUUCCAAAUGUCCAUGUUACUGCGCGUUGGCAUUUACCUCUGAAGAAAAUCAUACCUUUAGCCAUUGAACGUGGAUUCACAUGUUUGUUAAUUGUAAACGAAGACCAAAAGAAGGUUAAUACUGUAGUUAUUAGUCAUUUACCUAACGGACCGACGGCUACAUUUCGUUUAACUAAUGUGCUACUUCGUCGAGAAAUGCGUUCCAAUCGAAAAAAUAAAUAUAUUGAGUCUAAUGUUAUACCUCACUUGAUUACUACACGUUUCAUGACACGUCUUGGUCUUCGUACUGAACGUAUUUUAAGCGGAAUGUUCCCAGAUAUAAGUCGCCAACCACCAGAACCACACAGUAGAACAAUUGUUUUUCACAAUCAAAGAGAUUACAUCUUUUUCCGUCACUACCGUUAUAUUCAUCAAAAUACUGGUGUUAACGAGGAUAAAAAUGGCGAGAAUGAGCAUAUCGUAAUGAAUGAAGUUGGACCAAAGUUCACCCUUAAAUUACGAUCAAUUCAGUUAGGCACUUUUGAUAGUCAAUUCGGCAGCUAUGAAUGGGUGCGUAAACGAACCGAAGUUGGCAGGAGUCGACGAACAUUUGUUUUAUAA